AUGCCUGAACUUCUUAGCAGCAUACUCAAUGUGAGUAAAGUAUUCCAGAAAUAUGCUGAACACCACGGGGAAUGCGCUUCAUUGAACAAGAUGGAGUUGAAGCAGCUGCUUCUCACUGAGUUUGGAGACAUCCUUCGGAGACCAAAUGACCCAGAGACUGUGGAAACCAUUCUGGAACACUUGGACCGAGACAGAAAUGGAUAUGUUGAUUUUCGUGAAUACCUCUUGUUGGUGUUCCAAUUGGUCCAAGCUUGCCAUCGUAAACUAGAUAGUAAGUCAUGUGGAGGUAGAACCUCCUCCCAGAAAGAACGGGGUCAGAAAGGAACACAGAGCCGUAAGUUUUCUGAAAACACAGGCAGACAGCCUAGGCAGUCUGAAGGACAAAGUCAGGAUGUCCAAGAACAUAAGGACUCGCUCCAGGGUCAGGCAGAGAGACAAGACACGGAUUACAGCUCUGAUCAGUCAGAGACAGACGAUCAGCACUCUAGCCCUGAUCAAAGACUGAGUCAUAAAUCUAGCAACGACCGACCCAAAAGUCAAGGAUAUAUCUUUGCCUUAAAUCAGCCUGAGAUCCCAGCUCAGGUUUCUCAUUAUGGCCAGUCUAAAACAUUUGGACGACAAAGCAGCCAUGGCCAGUCUGGAAGACUCCGACAAGAUUCUUACUCUAGUCAAACCAGUCAACAAGAAGCUGGUUCUUAUGAACAAUAUGGAAAGCAGUAUCAGAAAUCAGGCAACAGUCAGACAGACAGACAGGCCCAGAAUUCUCGCUAUGGUCAGUCAGACAAACAAAAACAUACCUUCCAACAUGGUCAGACAGAUGGACAAGGUCAGAGCAAAGGCCAGAAUUUUCAUUACGGUCAGACAGGCAUCAAAGGCCAGAGUUCUCACCAGGAUCAGACAGGCAUCAAAGGCCAGAGUUCUCACCAGGGUCAGACAGGCAUUAAAGGUCAGAGUUCUCACCAGGGUCAGACAGGCAUUAAAGGUCAGAGUUCUCACCAGGGCAGACAAGGCCAGACUUCUCACCAGGGUCAGAUAGACAGACAAGAGAGUUCACGUUGGCAUCGGACAGACAGUCAAGGCCAGGAUUUUCAGUAUGAUCAGACAGGCAGACAAGGUCAGAGUUCUCACCAGGGUCAGACAGACAGACAAGACCAGAGUUCUCACCAGAGUCAGACAAGCAGUAAAAGCCAGAGUUCUCACUGUGAUCAGUCAAAGAUUGGGAAAACUGAACUCCAGGGGCAAAACAGGUCCUUCCAAGGAAUUGAUAAAGCAAGAAGAGACUCAUAUGUUGAACAAUCUGGAAGAUCAGGAAAACUAAGUCAACAGACUUCAAGAGAAGAAGUAAAUCAAACCCAGAGACAGAGAUUCCAGGAUAAAAGGGAGCAGCAAAGCCACCACCAGGCAUGGAAGCUUGAAGAGGGUAAUAAGCACAAACUCUUAGCUCCAAUACAGCAAGAAGAGCCAUACCCCCAUGAAGAGUAUGACUGGCAAUCACAGAGUAGCGAGGAGGGCCACUGGGAAGAGGAAGAGCAUCAAAAUUGGGAUGGACACAGUUUUGAGGAGCAGGAAAGUCUAUAUGAGAUGUAGAACACACAAGCCCACAGAGAUGAACCGCAUCAGAAACAGGAUAGGCAAACCUCUGUAGAUAAGCAGAACCAGAAAAGACAACACAGGACAACUCAUGUUGAAAAUCAAGAUCAUCAACAAGGUAGACAACAUAAAGAUAAGCAAAACCAUCAAGGAAAAGACAAACAUCAAAAGCAUCAUCAACAAUGGGAUAGACAAACUCAUGAAGAAAAUAAAAGGUAUCAAGGAUCCCAAGACCAAUCCAGAAACUUACCCAACAAAGAAAAAAUUCACAUGAAUGAAGAUGACAAGGGCCAAGGAUCCCAGGGAAGACAUUUCUUUCCAACCCAUGGUAGUGGCAGGUCCCAAAUAAGAGAACAAUAUGGAAACUACCCUACCAAAACAGCUAAUUCUCCCAGCCCCCUCUACGACUAUGUACGAGAGCAAGCAAUGAGUGCCAGAGGUGAAGCAGUUUGA